AGAAACGCAUAGAUGGAGAGUUUGCGGAAGUCUUAAACGUGCCGUGUCUGAAACGAGAGAAGGAGAGAGGAGGCCAGUAAACAAUGAACGCUUUUCAUAAUGUGUGAUUUUAUCAGAUAUUGCCUACGGGCAAAGAGACGGUUAUAACGCGGUGACUAACUGCGGGCUGUAUUUACUUAGUGUGUUAAAACUGAGGUAGUUGAAGGUGUCGACCAUGUCGGAGUCAAAACAUCUUCCGAUUUACCGACACAAAGCUGAGCUGAUACAGGCUGUCAAAAACAGCAACUUUCUGGUUGUCACUGGUGAAACUGGCAGCGGGAAAACAACUCAACUUCCACAGUAUUUGUACCAAGCAGGUAAGCUGUCAUUUAUUAUGCUGAAGUAAAGAUGAAGUUAACCCGGCGACAUGUAAAUAGAUCCAGACAAACUUAAACACCUGCCCUGACUUGAAAGUGUUUUGUCUCAUUGAAAAUGUUGUACAGGUGGGUAAUACUGAAACACUGAACCUUGCUGUCCCUGAGUAAACCACGGCUUUCUGCGUUUUAAAGUGUUCUGACCACAUUUUCACCGUUUUGUGAGAUGUGAUGAACUUUAGUAGGGAUACGGCUCAACUUACCCCGCUCCCAUGGUCAACUUACCCCAUACACGGGAUAAGUUGACCAUAGGAGACCACUUUUUAUGCACGUGCUAUAUCGCAUGUUUUAUAUGUGCUAUAUUUGCAUGUGCACAAAAUAGUUUUACAAGCAAAAACUAUUUUGUUUCAUUAAUACAGCUACAUUUGUAUCAAUUGUAUGGUUUAUACUGUAACAAUGCUUUUUAAAUACAUACCCAGUCAUUCAAAGUUGUUUCCUAUUCUGUCAAUGUAGGUAUUUGUAAAGAUGGCAAAAUCGGCAUUACCCAGCCUCGUCGAGUGGCUGCCAUCACAGUGGCCCAGAGAGUCGCCCAGGAGAUGCAGUGCACUCUUGGCAGGGAGGUUGGCUACCAAGUACGCUUCGAUGACUGUACAACACAGGUGAGCAACAAAAAUGGCCCUGCCCCUGUGAAAUGAAGUAUUUGCCGUGCAUGUAUGAAAUUAUGCCUUUGUUGCAGGACACAGUGGUGAAGUACAUGACGGAUGGCUGCCUGCUAAGAGAGAUCCUGGCAGAUUCUUUACUCUCUCAGUACAGAGUUGUUAUCCUAGAUGAAGUCCACGAGCGCAGUCUUAGUACGGUGAGUGGGUAUUUAACACAAAUGUUUAUCUAUGCUGUAUUAUGCCUGACUCUUAGAGAUACAUCCUGUUUUUCUUGUUUCCAUAGCUCUUUCAGUGCAGUCUCGAAUUAAUUGUUGGUAUGUUUUGCAGGAUAUUCUUCUGGGUUUAUUGAAAAAAAUCUUCUCUGAUCCAGCAAAGGCUACCAGUGGUCGAUCCGUCCCUUUGAAAGUGGUGGUAAUGUCUGCCACGCUUGAUACUGAUAAACUUUCAGCAUUUCUUGGUGACUGCCCUGUUUUUGCUAUUCCUGGAAGAACUUUUCCUGUCACCUGCACCUUUGGCUCUGCUGUGGGACCCAAAGACAUAGAGAGCACCAAUUAUGUAAAAGAGGUACUAAGUUUUUUUGCUUGAGUCAGAUUUCUGUUCUGUUUACAACAAGAAAAUAUGUUCUCGCUCUUGACCCUACAACUUUGUACUGUUAGAUAAAGUUUAGAUUUGUUUCUUUAACUUGAAGCUUUUUUGUUUGUUUCUUAGGUAGUCAAAGUUGCCCUCAAUGUGCACACAACUGAAAUGGCUGGGGACAUUCUGGUGUUUUUGACAGGUAAGUCCUAAUGAUCAAGCUCUAUGAUUACAAAAAUUUGUAAAGCCUGAAGUAUUUUUGCUGCACUGACUCUCUGUUUGACAGGUCAGUCAGAGAUAGAGCAAGCUUGUGACUUGUUGUAUGAGAAAGCCGAGUCUAUAGACUACCGCUAUGAUGUAUAUGACCAAACAGUGGAGGGACUCCUUAUCCUACCCCUGUAUGGAUCCAUGCCCACUGGUAAAAAUUAAACACCAAUUUCAUUUAACUUUUUGUAAAGUUUGAAUAUUUUUUUUGGAUGUAUUUCUUUGUGAUGAUGAUGCAGAAGAAAACUAUUUAACGAAAAAACUAUUAUCGUAGAUCAACAGAGGCAGAUCUUCCAGCCUGCCCCGCCAAGAAUAAGGAAGUGUGUUGUAGCCACCAACAUUGCUGCAACAUCUCUCACUAUCAAUGGCAUAAAGUAAGUGAGACACGGGGUCACUUUCUUACUGAUUAGCCAAAGAAUACUCACUAUAAUAAUCAUUUAAUUCAUAAUUCUUCAAAGGUAUAUCGUGGACAGUGGGUUUGUGAAGCAGCUUAACCACAACUCGAGGGUGGGCAUGGAUAUCUUGGAAGUAGUGCCCAUUUCAAAGUGAGUUGAAUAAUUCACUUGACAUUUCUAACUUAAAAUAGGUUUCUUUAAGUAAUUUCCUGACUUUCACCCAUGCCAUCUCAAUUAAGCCUACUGACAGCAAUUUAGAUUUGACUCUUGUCUUUUCCAUAUUUUAGGAGUGAGGCUCAGCAGAGAGCAGGGCGAGCUGGAAGAACCUCAGCUGGCAAGUGCUUUCGCAUCUACACCAAGGAAUUCUGGGAGAAGAAAAUGCCUGAAUUCACAGUUCCAGAAAUCCAGAGGACAAGUUUAACUUCAGUGGUACUCACACUCAAGUGUCUGGGGAUUCAUGAUGUCAUUAGGUACAUUUACAUGUCCUCCAGUUCUUUGUGAUCUCAUAGGGUCCGCUAAGCCAUACAUGAUCUCUGGCCUGCAAUAAUAGCUUUUUUUUUUUCGCUCUAAGGUUCCCUUAUCUCGACUGUCCAGAAGAAAGGUUUAUUCUUGAGGCAUUAAAACAGCUCUACCAAUUUGAUGCCAUAGACAGGUGAGCAAAAUUUUGGUUUUCGAAGCAAAGCAUUUAGAGGUCUAUUUAAUUUUCCGUAAAAGUCUUAAACUUUGAUCUCUUCUGUGUUUUGGCUUAAGGAGAGGUAGAGUGACCCAGCUUGGGGAACUGAUGGUGGAGCUCCCUUUGCCACCAGGUCUUGCCAGGGCCGUGCUCAAAGCAGCCUCACUCGGCUGUCAGGACCUGCUUCUCCCUGUGGCGGCCAUGUUGUCAGUAGAGAACAUAUUCAUCAGGCCAGGUCAGCAACUUGAGAGAGUAGAAUAAAAGCAUGUGCUUAAAGGGAUAUUCUGGCGUAAAACUAAUUUAGGGUCAAACACAACGUAACACCAAGUUCGAGACCCCCUCAAGAGAUGAAUGUUGCCGACCGCUUGCUUCUCUAGUUAUACCAACUUUAGUAACGGCUCUCUGUAUUGCUAUAGAAAUGUGUAAUCUGUUGGUAAGUUUGUAUUUUGAUUGGCUGAUCAAAUGUGUCAGGAAAUGGUACAUGUAGAGAAGUGUUUGUCAACUUCAGCUUUGACUUUUUUUUUUUUUUUUAAUGCAACUUUACCACUUUUUCCAUAUCAAAAACAUUGACAUCAUUAGUUGGACAUUUCUUACAAAAGUUGUCAUCAGUAACUACUCUGAAUAUAGUGAUCAAAGGAGCGGAUUGCAGUGUUUUGCCAGGUCUGGCUUAGAGUGAAUGGAAGAUUGAAGACCAGAAACCAUACAAAGAUGGACAUGACCAAAAUGUGUCUCUCAAAGAAAUAGAAAAUGUUGACAUCUAAGAUAAUUUGGUACAACAUUAGGGUAUAAUUUAGACAGUCUGUCAUUAGAGUCAAGCAACCUGUGGACAACCUUAAACUGAAUCAAGCCUUGUCUGAUGCAGAGAGAAGAUACGCUGUAUGGUAUUUUUCCAGGUGUCUUUGGGUAUUAUUUUCCCAACUUCCCCUUCACAAGGGCGCUGCCUUGAUCUUGUCCCAUGUAUGAAGGCAGCUAUCCUAAAUUAAUGCAUAUAUUUUUGUUAUUGCUCUUUUAAUGAGUGGAUUUACUGACUGUUCUCUUUAAUCCUACAGGCCAUCCUAACAAGCAGAAAGAGGCAGAUAUAAAGCACAGAGCGCUGGCUACCAGGAGUGGCAGCAUGAAUGACUUUGCCACACUCCUCACUGUGUUUCAGGCAUGUAAAUCCAGGUAAACGGCAAUAAUUGUCUAAAAUUCUGUCAUAAAUUACUUGUGUAUUCAAAUAAAUGUUAGUCCAUUAACAGCCAUCAUAGAUUUUAGUCAUAUCAGCACUAUCCAGGCCAUCAUCAGGACAUCCUAUCUCUUGCAUUUUGCAGUGACAGACCCUCAGGGUGGUGUAAAGAUAAUUGGAUCCACUGGAGGGCGCUGAAAUCAGCAUUUGCUGUCGAGACUCAACUGCAAGAGAUUGUUGCUCACCUCCAACGGGUACAACAAUGCACUGUCAUUGAUUAAUCAAGAAUUCUUUUUGCAGACAUAUUGUUGUGGUAAUUUGUUUUCUAUCCUGUUGUCUUUUAGAAGAGAGAUUUCCCUGUGGAAACAUUUGAUGGACAGAAGAAUGAACUCUUCAGAAGAUGCCUAUGCGCAGGAUACUUCACCAAUGUUGCCAGGAGGUAUUACAAAGUCUCACUUAAAUGAUCAGAAUUAAAUUGUCCAUUUGGAGGCCUUUACUAAAUUCUUCAGUUAUAAACUUAAAAAGUCAGGAUUUUUUUUUAGUGAUUUUUCAUUCAAUCCAUACAGAUCUGUUGGAAAAGCUUUUUGCACAAUGGAUGGCCAUGGAUCCAUCGUCCAAAUCCAUCCAUCAUCAUCUGUAAGUUGAUUGCGGAAUCAAUUGAAAAUCAAUCAAUCUAUGGAUCUUUUUUGUCCAUCAUAGGAGAUCCAAUAUACUCUGACCUUAUACUUUCUUUCCUCUCAAAUCUCACAAAGCUGUUUGACCAAGAGGCUGAACUGAACUGGGUCCUCUUCCACGAUGUGCUGGUGACCUCAAGAGUUUACAUCAGGACAGUGUGUCCCAUUCAGUACGAGUGGGUGAAGGACUUGCUACCUAAACUCCAUGAGGUGGAUGUCUACGAACUGAGCAGUGUGGCAAGAAAAGAGGUGACGGAUGAGGAGGUGAAAAAAUGGGAGAGCAGAGAAGCAGCCAAGAGACGACCAGGUAAUCAGAAUGAUUGAUUAGAUUGAUAUCAAAACUUGGGUAAUUUAACAUGAUAGUAAUGCACAAAAUUAAAGCUCAUGAAAAUGUGUUACGGGCGGCACAGUGGUGUAGUGGAUAGCACUGUCGCCUCACAGCAAGAAGGUUCUGGGUUCGAAUACGGGUCAGGGCGUCUCUGUGUGGAGUUUGCAUGUUCUCCCUGUGUCUGCGUGGGUUUACUCCGGGUUUCCUUCCACAUCCCAAAAACAUGCAGAAGUGGGGUUAGGUUAAUUGGCCACUUUCAUAUUGCCCAUAGUUGUGAAUGUGAGCGUGGAUGGUUGUUCGUCUCUAUAUGUCAGCCCUGCAAUGAACUGGCGACUUGUCAAGGGUGUCCCCUGCCUUCGCCUGAAGAUGCUGGGAUAGGCUCCAGCCCCCCCUGUGACCCCCAACGGGAAAAAGCGGUAGAAAAUGGAUGGAAAAGAUGUUACAGAUGAACAAAGAACAAAAUGUUUGGCUGUGUCAUAACAAAAUUGCUGAUUACUUUUAUUUUAUUUCAGAGGUUUCUACUGUGGAUGUCAUGAAGAAGCUGGAAAAAAGGAACAAUGAAGCCACCGUCAACGAUGCUCGUGCUCGCUACCUGCAAAGAAAGCAACAAAAACAGAAAGGCAAAUCCCUUCUGUAGAGAGUUGUGCAGACUGUAUUUAAGGUUAUUUGAGUAAUAAACAUUUGAUAUCUUUUAAACUGGCUCUUAAUGUAUCCUCCAUUUUAUGCAGUGUUGUAAGCAGUACUUUUAAACUGGUUUAAAUUUACAAGGUUUACAUAAAGCUUACUUUGUCUGAACAAACUAGUUAAAAAAAGGCUGGUGGAGACUAUUCUAAAGAACAUGGAUCACCUACUUCACAUCACCCUAAUGGACCAAAGGGCCAAUGGUGGUGGACGGCUCCUCUCUCUUCGCUGAAGGACAGAAAGAUUCAGAAGAUGUUUUGUACCAACAUCCAUCAGACUUUACAACUCUUCUGUAAAUAGUAGAUGACUUUCAGAGACAUGACAAAUGACACUAAAGACAAUUGAAUUAAUAAAGUUUGUCUUGAAUGGUG